UUUCUUUAUUUUGAUUUUUUAUUCUCUAUACAAUGGAAACUAGAGAACGUGGUGCUACAUGCGCCAGUUUCAUGCCGUCCACUUCCGUGCAGCUUGCGCGGGGCGGGCUUCUUACUCUUUACUCUUCUUGUCUUCUACGACACCUAAGUCCUUCGUGUCUUCUUCUGCUCAAAGAAUCACUCUUCUCGGCAUCACGUCCAGGGGUGUAUCCUCGGUGUCGGCUGCGCAGCAGGAGCCCACUGCGGUGGAUUGGAACGAAGCAGUUUUGUCCUCUGAGGUUGGUGAUGGUGGUGGUGGUGGUGGGACUUUAGAAGAAGACCCCAGAAGCUCUAUUCCUGUUCGUGCUUAUGUUUUCUCGACCAGAUUAUAUUUGUUCUCUCCUUUUAUUACUGACAUAAAUCGUGGGAUGGAGAAAACAGGAACGUUUACCAUGGAUAGCAAAAAGCUUUUUCAAAUAGUUGGAAAAGCAAACUCUAAUCUUGCUGAUGUGAUUCUUAAGCUUGGACUUUUUGAGAGACCAGACAUUGCUUGGAAAAAUGCCAAAUAUGCUCAAAUAUGGGAAUAUCUUAGAGAUGGAUUCGAAUUAACUCAAAGGUUUGCAAGUCUUGAUUUUAAGCUGAAGUUUGUGGAGCAUAACAUUCGGUUUCUUCAGGAAAUACUUCAAAAUGGGAAGUCAGAUUUUCUGGAGUGGUGUGUCAUUGUGUUGAUUAGUGCUGAAAUUUCUCUCCUUUUUUUGAGCUUAUUAAGAAGUCCUUAUGACAUUGACAAUAAAUGUUCUUCAUCCAAUCCAUGGGAUAGCUUCUUGGUGCCAUGCUUGUUCUUCAUAGAAGCCAUUCCUCAAGGCUGACAAAUCCGUUCUACUACAGUCAAAAUAUGGCGAAAACAUUUGGAUUGUUGCUUUUAAUGAGUUGUUCCUUCUACUUGCAUUUCUAUUAUAUUUCUCGUAGAUUAUUCAAUCAAACUUGUACUCAUUAACAAACUUCAGUAAAUUACAAGAUUGCUC